AUGAAGGGUCCUAGGACUUUUGAGGAGCAAACAGAGUGCAUUGUGGAGGCACUUCUCUCUGACCUCCUAGGGGAAGACGAAGGUUUUGCUUACCGCAGUCUGGAGACAGACUCUUUUGCUGCGUCAAACGCAGAACGUGAGCCCUCUGCAGGAGCAGAAGCUUCAAGUACCUUUGAUUCGGUUAUUAUUGCCAGUCGUCUGCGGAGACUAGGAGACCAAUAUAACGAGGAUCUGGAGCAGCCUGCCCAGCGCAUCAUUGCUGAGGUGGCUAAGGGAAAGGUGGAAGAAUUUGGAGUCAUGGUGGAUUCUCUCAGCAAGAGUUGGAGCAGCCUGAAUCCUGAGCUGGGCUACGAGAGAGCUUUUCUGGCAGUGUCUGUGAAAUUGUUAGCAUACCUUUCCCGGAAAGUUCCAGCUGUGGCCCGUCGAAUCCAGCUUGUGGAGCUGAUUAAUGGGAACCGUGAAGUGAGAGGAUACAUCGAGACCCGUGGUGGCUGGGAGAACUUUGAAAACUGA